AUGGGGCUGCUGGCCGCGCGGGGCCGAAUGGGCCUGGGGAGGCGGCCCAACUGGUGCAGAACCCGGUCGGGCUGGGGCACGCGCUGGCAGGCGGACGACGACUGUGGCGGCGCAUUUUACUGCAACGGGGCCGGCGGCACCACAAUCACAACGGCGGAGAUCACGCUGGGCGACCCCGCGGCGCUGGACUUCUACGACGUGAGCCUCGUGGACGGCUACAACGUGGCCAUCGCCAUGGCGCCGUACCACGGCUCCGGCGCCAACUGCCGCGCCGCCGGCUGCGUCAGCGACCUCAACAGCGUCUGCCCGGCCGGCCUGGCGGUGCGCGGCGGGAACAAGGUGGUGGGGUGCCGCAGCGCGUGCGCGGCCUACGGCAACGCCGAGUACUGCUGCACGGGGCAGUUCGGCGGGCCGCAGCAGUGCAAGCCGACGAGCUACUCCCGGCUGUUCAAGCGGGCCUGCCCCAAGGCCUACUCCUACGCGUACGACGACCCGACCUCCAUCCUCACCUGCAGCUCCGGCACCUCCUACGUCGUCACCUUCUGCCCCCACCGCCGCUAGAGCUAGACCGUAUCGCCGUCGUUCCAGACAUAGAGACGCUGGCGUUGUUGCUGUUUGUUCUUGGUUCUUGCUGUCUCGUGGUACUGUUAGCGUCGGGAUAAUAACACUAGUAGUGUUAGUAGA